AUGGCGGACGAAAACCCGGCGGACAAUCAGCAAAGUACCGCCACCAUAGGAUUCUCCGGUGCCGAAAGCAAUGGCGGCACCAACCGUACCUUAACCGCUACUCAUUUGACAGCUCCAAUUACAGCGGACGGUAAUCCAAAUUACCACCGGCAAGAUUCCACCGCACAAGACUUCUCGGAAUCCGGCACCGAUAGCGGCGAUAAAGCAGACAGUGUUGGUGACAUAAUUACAUCCAGCUGCUCUGAUUCGCCGGUGGCGGAAGGCUUGUACUCUCUGAUUUCAUCUGUAUUGACGAGUUUCGAUUCCAGAGCCGACGCCACAUCCCGCAGCCAAGAACAACUUGCUUUUUCCCUCGAUCGUCUCACCGGAGAGCUCGAUAAAUUGUUGGAGGAUGCACCCUCACCCUUCAUUAUGCAGCAUGCCGGAAGGAUUUCUGGCCUCAGGAAAAGGGUCAAAGCUUUGAAUACUGUUUUGAAGAAUGUACAACGGCAAAUCGACAAUAUGGACCGAAUGAUGUCAACUGGAUUGGUGCAUGAAAAAUUAGCGGGAGAAAGUAGCGGACAACAACCCGAUUCGUAA